GGAAGGUGCUGCAGAGACAACAGUCUACAGAGGAUCAUGAUCAGGCUGAAGUAUGAGUAGGACUCUGCUGUGGCUGCUGGGCUCUCUGGCCUCUUUCUCUCUAACCUCUCUGGCUGAUGGAGCUCCACUGAAGGUGAUGUCAGCCCCUAACUUGUUGCGGGUAGGGACGGCAGAAAAUAUCUUUGUGGAGUGUCAAGACUGCACCAGGGGAGACAUCCGGGUCCACAUCAACGUGAUGAACCAUCCAUACAACAACACAAAGCUGACAUCCGCAUCUGUGACCCUCACCAGUGCAAGAAACUUCCAGGAGCUCGCACAGAUUACGAUCCCUCCCGGGUACUUCAGUAAGGAUCCUGGCAUAAAGCAGCAUGUGUACCUGCAAGCUCGGUUCCCUGACCGGCUGCUGGAGAAAGUGGUCUUGGUGUCCUUCCAGUCUGGGUACAUCUUCAUCCAGACUGACAAGCCCCUCUACACCCCCAACAGCAAAGUUCAUUUCAGGAUGUUUGCAGUGACGCCCCGCAUGGAGUCUGUAGAAGAUGCCAAAAUUCAAACUGACGCUUUCAUUGCCAUGGAGACCCCUGAAGGCAUCAUUUUACCACUUGAUUCAGUCUCUUUGAAAUCUGGGAUCCACUCUGGACAUUUCCAACUUGCUGAAAUUGUCAGUACCGGACUGUGGAAAGUGGUGGCGAAGUUCCACAGCAACCCUCAGCAGAGCUAUUCUGCAGUGUUUGAGGUCAAAGAAUAUGUGCUGCCCACUUUCGAAGUGAAACUGAUGCCUGUGAGCGCCUUCUUCCACGUGGACAGUCGGGACCUCACCGUCAACAUCAGAGCUACGUAUCUGUUUGGUAUGAAUGUGGAUGGGACGGCCUACGCGGUGUUCGGGGUUGUUCAAGAGGGUGGAAAGAAGAGCUUCACAAGUUCCCUUCAGAGAGUGCAGAUAGAGGAAGGUGUUGGAGUGGUCCAACUGAAGAGAGAGCACAUCACACAGACGUUCCCAAACAUCAGUGAACUGGUGGGGAACUCCAUCUAUGUAGCUGUGGGGGUGCUGACAGAGAGCGGUGGAGAAAUGGUGGAGGCGGAGUUAAGAAGUAUCCAGAUCGUCCAAUCACCUUACACUAUCACCUUUAAGAAAACGCCCAAGUAUUUCAAACCAGGAAUGUCCUUCGAUGUUGCGGUUGAAGUUUUGAAUCCUGAUGGCACUCCGGCCAUAGGUGUUGCAGUGGUGGUGGCCCCAGGCCGGGUGCAGGCCGUAACCGCGGCCAACGGCAUGGCGAAGCUUACCGUCAAUGCAGCUGCAAGUCUGGCAAUCACCGCAAGGACCAACGAUCCUCAUAUUUCACAUGAAAAACAAGCAUCAGCCACCAUGGUAGCUCUCCCAUAUACCACUCAAAGCAAAAGCUACAUUCACAUUGGUGUGGAUACAGCUGAGCUGAAAUUAGGAGACAACCUCAAAAUCAGCCUCAUCCUCAAGAGGCAGGACAAUCAUGACAUUGACAUCACAUAUCUGAUCCUGAGCAGAGGUCAACUGGUAAAAAAUGGGCGUUACAAGACGACAAGAGACCAAAUACUGAUUCCCCUUACAGUCACUGUUACGAAAGAAAUGCUGCCAUCGUUCCGAAUCAUAGCCUACUACCACACAGACGGCAAUGAGGUGGUAUCAGACUCGGUGUGGGUGGAUGUGAAGGACUCCUGCAUGGGCUCGCUGAGGCUGGAAUCAUCAAAACCCGCUCCAUCCUACGAGCCUCGCAGGAUGUUUGGUCUGGAGAUCACUGGAGACCCAGGGGCCGCCGUGGGACUGGUGGCAGUUGACAAAGGUGUUCACGUCCUAAACAACAAGCACCGUCUCACCCAGAAAAAGGUGUGGGAUGCUGUAGAGGAGUACGACACAGGCUGCACACCAGGUGGAGGGAAGGAUGGAAUGGGUGUCUUCUACGAUGCUGGGCUGUUGUUUGAGUCCAACACAGCUUCUGGGACUCCGUACAGACCAGACUUGAAUUGUCCGGCCCACAGCAGGAGAAAACGAGCUGCAACCAACAUGGACGUCACAACCAGCUUAGUGAGUCAAUAUCAAGACCAACUGCAACGGGACUGUUGCUUGGAUGGCAUGAGGAGCACCCCCCUCUCAUACACCUGUGACAGGCGCAGCGAGUACAUCAGUGAUGGAGCAGCCUGUGCCGCAGCCUUCCUGCGCUGCUGCAAGGAGAUGGAAACCCAGCGAGCUGAGAGGAAGGAGGACAGCCUCCUACUGGCUCGCAGUGAAGAGGAUGACAGUUACAUGGACAGCAGGGACAUUCAUUCUCGCACCGCAUUCCCUGAAAGUUGGCUGUGGACAGACAUCAAACUGCCUGCUUGUCCUCAGGAAGACCCUAACUGUGACACCACGACAUUGACGAAAAAUGUUCCUCUGAAGGACUCAAUCACAACCUGGCAGUUCACUGGCAUCAGUCUGUCAAGAACUCACGGAAUCUGUGUUGGCGAGCCAUUAGAGGUCAUUGUCCAGAAGGAAUUUUUCAUUGACCUCAGGCUGCCGUACUCUGCUGUCCGUGGAGAACAGCUGGAAAUUAAGGCAAUCCUCCACAACUACAGCCCCGACCCAGCCAUCGUGCAUGUGGAUCUGACUGAAGAGGAGCAUGUGUGCAGUUCAGCCUUCAAACGUGGAAGGUAUCGCCGAGAGGUUAAAAUGGGGGCCCAAACUACACAAGCUGUACCCUUCAUCAUUAUUCCCAUGAAAGAAGGAAAAUAUAGCAUCGAGGUCAAAGCUGCUGUUAAGGAUUCUUCGCUCAGCGACGGAAUAAUGAAGAAGCUGCUGGUGGUGCCUGAAGGCGUACUGGUUAAAUCCUCUCAGAUCAUACUCCUAGACCCCACUAAUAAAGGUGUUGCUGGUAAACAAGAAGUAAUGCUCAACAGUGGAAUUCUUCAAAAAGAUGUGGUCCGAAAAACACCUAGUAGAACACACGUCACUGUGACAGGAAAAAAUCAAGUUAAUCGUUUGGUGGAGAAGACCAUCAGUGCGGACUCUGUGGACACUAUGAUCGUCCAGCCCAGCGGCUGUGGAGAGCAGAACAUGGUCGGCAUGACCCUGCCAGUCAUUGCAGUCACAUAUUUGGACAAAACCAACCAGUGGGGAAAAGUGGGCUCUGAGAAACGUGACGAAGCUCUCCAAUACAUCAAGACUGGCUACCAGAAUGAGCUUGUCUUCCGUAAAAAUGAUGGGUCUUUUUCUGCUUGGCCGGAUCAAGGUAGCAGCACCUGGUUGACAGCUUAUGUUGCCAAGGUGUUUGCCAUGGCUAGUAGUCUGGUGGAAGUGCAAAUACUACACAUCUGCAAAGCCAUCAAGUUUCUGAUUCUCAACGCACAGCAACCCGACGGCUCUUUUAAAGAAGUUGGAAAGGUUAUCCACGGAGAGAUGGUUGGUGAUGUGGACGGCAAAGAUUCAGACGCCUCCAUGACAGCCUUCUGCCUCAUUGCCAUGCAGGAGUCUCGCGCCAUGUGUUCCGACAGUGUUAACAGUCUGCAAGGCAGUAUAGACAAAGCAGUGAACUAUCUGGAAGGGCGUCUGCCCAGCCUCACCAACCAAUAUGCUGUUGCCAUGACGUCAUAUGCCCUGGCCAAUGAAAACAAACUGAACAAAGCCAUCCUCUACAGAUAUGUUUCCAAAGAGUUGUCCCACUGGCAGACACCUAAGGGAUACGUUUCCACGCGGGAGGCCACGGCGUACGCUCUCCUCGCUCUGGUCAGGGCCAAGGCUUUUGAAGACGCCAGACCUGUUGUGAAAUGGUUCAACUACGAGGUGGAGACUGACGGGGGAUAUGGAUCAACUCAGGCGACCAUAAUGGUGUACCAGGCUUUAGCAGAGUACUGGACUAAUGCAAAUGAUGAUUCUGGGGAUAAUUAUCUGAAUGUGGACAUCCUCUUACCAGACGAGUCAGAGCCUGACAAGUUCUACAAAGUCAGCUGCAACACAGACAGCGGCAGUGACACUGGCAACAGCGGCAACAGCGGAAACAGCGGCAGCAGUGGCAACAAUGGCAACAGCGGAAACAGUGGUAACAGCGGCGGCACUGGCAACAGUGGCAACAGUGGAAACAAUGGCAACAGCGGCAACAGUGGCAACAGCGGCAACAGCGGCGGCACUGGCAAUAGUGGCAAUAGUGGCAAUAGUGGCAACAGUGGCAACAGCGGAAACAGUGGUAACAGCGGCGGCACUGGCAACAGUGGCAACAGUGGAAACAAUGGCAACAGCGGCAACAGUGGUAACAGCGGCAACAGCGGCGGCACUGGCAAUAGUGGCAACAGUGGCAACAGCGGCACUGGCAACAGCGGCAACAGUGGCAACAGUGGAAACAGCGGCAACAGCGGAAACAAUGGCAACAGCGGCAACAGUGGCAACAGCGGCAACAGCGGUGGCACUGGCAAUAGUGGCAAUAGUGGCAACAGUGGCAACAGCGGAAACAGUGGUAACAGCGGCGGCAGUGGCAACAGUGGAAACAAUGGCAACAGCGGCAACAGUGGUAAUAGUGGCAACAGUGGCAACAGCGGCACUGGCAACAGCGGCACUGGCAACAGUGGCAACAGUGGCAACAGCGGAAACAGCGGCAACAGCGGCACUGGCAACAGCGGCAACAGUGGAAACAAUGGCAACAGCGGCAACAGUGGCAACAGCGGCAACAGCGGCGGCACUGGCAAUAGUGGCAAUAGUGGCAACAGUGGCAACAGCGGAAACAGUGGUAACAGCGGCGGCACUGGCAACAGUGGAAACAAUGGCAACAGUGGUAACAGCGGCAACAGCGGCGGCACUGGCAAUAGUGGCAACAGCGGCACUGGCAACAGCGGCAACAGUGGCAACAGCGGAAACAGCGGCAACAGCGGCACUGGCAACAGCGGCAACAACGGAAACAGCGGCAAUGGUAACAGCGGCAACAGUGGAAACACCGGCACUGGCAACACCGGCACUGGCAACAGCGGCGGCACUGGCAACAGCGGCGGCACUGGCAACAGCGGCGGCACUGGCAAUAGUGGCAACAGUGGCAACACCGGCAAUGGCAACAGCGGAAACAGCGGCACUGGCAACAUCGGCAACACUGGAAACACCGGCACUGGCAACAGCGGCAACACUGGCAACAGCGGAAACACUGGCAACAGUGGCAACAAUGGCAACACCGGCAAUGGCAACAGUGGUAACAGUGGUAGUGGCAACACCGGCACUGGCAACACCGGCAACAGCGGGAACAGUGGCAACAGCGGGAACAGUGGCAACAAUGGCAACAGCGGCAAUGGCAACACUGGCAACAGCGACAACACCAACAAUGGCAACAGCGGCAGUGGCAACAGCGGCAACAGUGGAAACACCGGCACUGGCAACAGUGGCAAUACUGACACUGGCAACAGCGGUAACAGCGGCGGCACUGGCAACAGUGGAAACAGUGGAAACAGUGGAAACAGCGGCAACAGCGGCAACACUGGCAACAGUGGAAACAGCGGCACUGGCAAUAGCGGCGACAGUGACACUGGCAACAGUGGAAACAGCGGAAACAGUGGCAACACUGACAACAGUGGCAACACCGGCAAUGGAAACAGCGACACUGGCGACAGCAGCAACAGCGGCAACACAGUCAACACCGGCAAUGGUAAUAGCGGCAACAGUGGCACUGGCAACAGCGGCACCGGCAACAGUGGAAACACUGGUACUGGCAACGGUGGCAACAGUGGAAACAGUGAUAACACUGGCAAUAGUGGCAACAGCGGCAACACUGGAACAGGCAACACCGGCACUGGCAACAGCGGCACUGGUGACACUGGAAACAGUGGCAACAGCGGCACUGGCAACAGCGGCAACAGUGGCAACAGUGGCAACAACGGCAACAGUGGCAACAGCGGCAACACUGGCAACAGCGGCAACAGUGAAAACACCGGUAACACAGGAAAUAGCGGCAACAGCGGCAGUGGCAACACUGGCAACAGCGACGGUACUGGCAAUAGUGAAGACAAUGGCAACAGCGGCACUGGCAACAGCGGCAACAAUGGCAACACCGGCAAUAGCAACAGUGGUAACAGUGGCAGUGGCAACACCGGCACUGACAACACCGGCAACAGCGGGAACAGUGGCAACAGCGGGAACACUGGCAACAAUGGCAACAGCGGGACUGGCAACGGCGGCAACACCGGCAAUGGCAACAGUGGCACUGGCAACAUUGGCAACACUGGCAACAGCGACAACAACGGCAAUGGCAACAGCGGCAACAGUGGAAACACCGACACUGGUAACAAUGGAAAUACUGACACUGGCAACAGCGGUAACAGCGGCGGCACUGGCAACAGUGGAAACAGUGGAAACAGCGGCAACACUGGCAACAGUGGCAACAGCGGCACUGGCAACAGUGGAAACAGCGGAAACAGCGGCAACACUGGCAACAGCGGCAACACUGGCAACAGCGACAACACUGGCAACAGUGGCAACACUGGCAACAGCGGCAACACUGGCAACAGUGGCAACACUGGCAACAGCGGCACUGGCAACAGUGGCAACACUGGCAACACCGGCAACACCGACAAUGGAAACAGCGGCACUGGCGACAGCAGCAACAGUGGCAACACAGGCAACAACGGCAAUGGCAAUAGCGGCAACACCGGCAACACCGACAAUGGAAACAGCGGCACUGGCGACAGCAGCAACAGUGGCAACACAGGCAACAACGCCAAUGGCAAUAGCGGCAACACCGGCAACACCGACAAUGGAAACAGCGGCACUGGCGACAGCAGCAACAGUGGCAACACAGGCAACAACGGCAAUGGCAAUAGUGGCAACACCGACAAUGGAAACGGCGGCACUGGCGACAGCAGCAACAGUGGCAACACAGGCAACAACGGCAAUGGCAAUAGCGGCAACACCGACAAUGGAAACAGCGGCACUGGCGACAGCAGCAACAGUGGCAACACAGGCAACAACGGCAAUGGCAAUAGCGGCAACAGUGGCACUGGUGACACUGGCAACAGCGGCAACAGCGGCCCUGGCAACAGCGCCGGCAGUGGCACUGGCAACAGUGGAAACACCGGCAACAGUGGCAACACCGGCAACACAGGUAACACAGGAAAUAGCGGCAACAGCGGCAGUGGAAACAGCGGCACUGGCAACACCGGCAACAGUGGCAACACCAACACUGGCAGCAGCGGCAAUGGUGGUGUCAGUGGCACUGGCAACACUGGUAAUGGCAAUAGCGGCAACACUGGCAACAGCGGCACUGGCAACAGCGGCACUGGCAACAGCGGCGGCGGUGGCACUGGCAACAGUGGCAACAGCGGCAACACUGGGACUGGCAGCAACGGCAACAGCGGUGGCAGUGGCACUGGCAACAGUGGCAGUGGCACUGGCAACAGUGGCACUGGCAACACUGGCAACACUGGCAACAGUGGCACUGGCAACACUGGCAACACUGGCACUGGCAAUACUGGCAAUAGUGGGAACACCGGCAAUGUCAACAGCGGCAACACUGGCACUGGCAACAGCGGCGGCAGUGGCGCUGAUAACAGUGGAAACAGUGGCAAUAUUGGAAACACUGGCAACAGUGGAAACACCGGCAGCGGCACUGGCAACACCGGCAAUAGUGGCACUGGCAACAGUGGCAGCGGCGGCAGGGGCACUGGCAACAGUGGCAACACCGGAAGUACUGGCAGCGGCACUGACAACCUCGCCAUUGGCCCUGGUAACACCGGCAACAGUGGCACUGGCAACAGUGGCACUGGCAACACCGGCAACUCCGGCAGUGGCACUCGCAACACCGGCAGCGGCACUGGUAACACCGGCAACAGUGGCACUGGCAACACCGGCAACAGCGGCACCGGCAACCGCGGCAGGAGCAGAACAACUAAUAUGAGAAGACAUCCAAACAAACUUAUAGUGGCACAUUAA